AUGGCGAGUAAAAAAGUUUUUCCUUUUUAUCCCAUUUAUUCGUUUGAUGAGAACCAAAAAAGAAAAUUACAUUAUAUCUCUUUUAAAUUACUUUUCUUAAGUUUAUAUAUAAUUGGAUUUUAUUAUGUUUUUUUAAAUAAUUCUUUAGAAAAUAGCAGUUUAGAAAUAGCUAAAAAUUUUAAUGUAUAUGUGCGCAAUUUAGUUGAGGCAGAAAGAAAUAAUAAGCGUUCAAAAAGAAAACAAAAUUCAAAACUUAAAAAAGAAGAUGUGAGUAAAACAAAAUCCAAUGAAAAUAAUAAUCAAAGUGAUGAACAAAAAGUAGAGGAAAAUAAAUAUAUUACUAAUAAUGAUGAUGAGAAUACUAAAGUGGAAAAUAAAAGUAAUAUUUCAAUAAGUAAUAUAAAUUAUAAUGAUAUUUCAAAGAGGUUGUCAGAAAAGGAAUUAUUUGAAAUGCUAAAUUCAUUUGAAGAAUGUCCAUCAAAUGAAGAUCUUAGAUAUAUCUGGUCUCACACAAUGGGUGUUGCAAAAGAAGUUUUGGAUAAUCAAUUCAAAGAGUCAAAGGCAUCAAUACAAAAAUAUUUAGAUAAUGAUAUUUUCAAAAGAACUGAUUCAUUUGGUAAUAAAGUUUUUGUAUAUGAAGAAAUAUGGAAGGAAUAUGUUUGGAGAUUUUCUCGAGACGUAGGAAUUGAAGAAGUAGAUUACACUAAUGAAUUUUUUAGAUUAAUUAAAGAUGAACAUACAUAUGAUGAUAUAUUAAAAUUUAUAUAUUCAUUCUUAGAAAAUUUUAACACUAUAAUAAAUGAGUUACAUAAAAAACAUCAUAAGGAUCUCUUAGAAACUGUUGCCAAACACGUGAAUAAGAAAAAAUAA